GCGCCACUGCUGCAAUCAGUGUCUAUCUUCAGAUCUGACCUGCAGUCUCUACAUAACCUGCAACGCGAUAACAGUGAAUAAAGAAUUGAUUAUAUUUGUUUAGAAUAAAAAAACAUAAUAUAGACGACAAUGGCUGAUGCGCUUAAAAAGUUUACACUAACGGGUUUGAAAAUGAUUCACAAUCCUUAUGCUGUUUUGGAAGUUCUUGACCGUAAAAUAUUAAAUGGAUUGCAAAAUUUUCCAGAAAAUUAUACUUAUCGAAAGUGUACAGAGCAAAUAAUCAAAGAACGAAGGGAGAUUUUAAAAAAUAACAAGGAUAGAGAAGUAGCAGCUGAAAAAUUAGGAGUGAAAUACCUUGAAGAAGUUAUCGAACAAGCCAAAUUAGAAUUAUCAUUGGUACAAAGAAUGAAAGUAUGGAAACCAUGGGAAAGUUUAAUUGAAGAAGCUCCAGCCGAUCAAUGGAAGUGGCCACCGCACAAGUAAAUUUAUUUUAUUUACAGGCAACUCUAUACAGAAUAAUAAUUUAUAUAUAUUAUAUAUAUAUAAUAUAUAUACAUAUAUAAUUGAAUAUAUUUGUAUAUAUUAUAUGUGUGCGUGUACACUCAAAGUAAUACGUGUAGUAAUAAUGUAUUAUAAAUUAUAGGCGCUACAAUUUUCCCAAUUA